AUGAAUCCCCUGGAAAAGAUCUUCGCCGCCGGCGUCAGAAAGACGGGCCCGACUGAUGCCAAACCCGACGGCCCAAUGCCGCGCUGGCCCCUCCACGAGGACAAGCAGCUGGGCAAAUACAUCCUCGACAACGUCCAGGCUCCCGCAGGCUCGCUCAGCAUCAAGCAGUCGCCAAUCCUCAAUGCCGGCUCGGGCCUGUACACAAACCGCGACGUUGAGGUGGGCGAGCUCAUCUUCACGUCGGUGCCCCUCGUUCUCUGUGCAGAGGUUGGCGAUGGCAUGGAAGCCUGCGACUUUUGCUUCCAGCAGAGGCGAAGGGUCUUUCACCCUUCCGAGAGCCGCUUCCUCGGGCCUGGCGAGAUGAUGCCGCCUCUCCAUGUCUGCAAUGGCUGUCACAUGUACCAGUACUGCUCAAAGUCUUGCUGGCAACGAGCCUGGGAUACCGGCCAUCUGUACGAGUGCGGCUUGCUGUCGGGCGCGACCACCGAUCUCGAGACGAGAACACUGUACCGUCUCCUGAUUCUGAUGAGAAAAAAGGUCUUGCUGCCGGAGCAGGUCCAGGGCCUGUCCAGGCUGGAGAGCGAAAUGGCCAAUUUCGAGAGACGAGCCAAGAAAACGUGGCCCAAGGUCCUGGAACUUGCCCUUGAAGCCAAGGAGCGAACCAAGAGCGAGCUCGGCAUUUACGAGAUAUUGAUUCUGUAUGGCAUCAUCCGUUGCAAUGCGCUGCCGGUCGAUCAGACGUAUCGAAACGCGCCGCUUGGAAUUGCCUUGGACCUGGGGGGAGCUCUCCUGAACCACGACUGCGACCCCAACGUUGCCAUUGUGUUCAACAACACGCAGGUGCAGGUUCGAGCCCUCCGGAAGCUCAAGGCAGGCGAGGAGCUGCUGCACUGCUACCGAGACAUUGCGUACGACUUUACGUUUCGCAACCCACGUAUUACGUCGAGGUAUCAGUUCAGAUGCCACUGCGAGAGAUGCCGGCAAGAGUCUGACCGCCACUGCAGAGAAGCAAAGAGCGAUGGCGACGCCAUCCCCUCCAUUCUCAGCACGCAGGCUGCCUUGUUCGAUAUUAUAGAUGAGUCCAAGAAGCAAGCCUGGGCAUCCCCCAACAGGUUCGACGUCGACCGCCAGAUGGCCACGGUCAACAAAAUCGUCAAGACGGGCUACGCGGGCCGCCCCUGGCCCAACGACCUCGAGCCGCUGCCGACGGUGCUCAAGGCCCUGGCGGCGCUCUGCGAGAGGCAGGGCGACCUCAUCAACAGCGUCAAGAUCCGCAUCAAGGCGCUGGCUUUUACUGGCUACCGGAAGGGCCUCCCCUGGUCCGAGGACCUCAUCGACUUGGUGCUGUGUCUGUCGACCUUGACCAUGUUCCCCAACCACCCGGGGCUGCGAGGCCCCGCGCAGCCGAAGCACAAGGAGUUCCAGGACGUCUUCAUCGGGCACCUUCAUGCGCUGCACGGCAUGCUGGUCAACUUGUAUGGAGAAGAGGCCCGGGUGACGGGCAUCAUCCGGACCUUUCUGCAGUCGGAGGUGUCCAACUACAACGGGCCCCGGCCGGCGACGAGGGGCUUCAGGCGCAGGUUCAAGGCGUCUCAGGAGGCGGUUCUCCGGUGGGCGGGCGUUGACGAGAAGCUCUGGACUGUGGAAUAG